GCUGCGAUCGCACCGGUGAGGGACACGCGGUCCAUCGUCCGUGUUCAAUCAGUUCGAUAUAUGUUUUUUUCCGUGUUCGAUAUUUUAAAUUGUAAGUUCGUCGUACGUUUUUAUUUCGACGUCGAAGUCGUCGCAUCGACGUUAGCAUGAGAUUUUAACGCGGCAACCAAAAAAGGGAAGGCAGAAACUCGUCAACGAAAUAAUGGGCACCGUUCACGCUAAGGAACCCAGUAGUUCUUCAGGCCUGGAUCAAUUACCUAAGGAGAAUGCCUUUGCAAAGAAACACAAUGACUCACCAAACGCAACGGAUGACUUUCCACCGUUUUCCAAUAGCAAAUCUCAGUUAUAUAGGGAAGAAGAGAAUGUACAUACGAAAAACAUUGUUUUACAGGCAGUACAAGCACGAGUCGACAAGAUACACGUGGAUGGACUUGUACGAACGAAGGACGACAUUAUUAAGUCACAAGUGACGGACUUGUUCAAAGCGAAAAAUUUCGAGGAUGUUAUUAUACGCGCUUACAAAGUGCGAGAGAAGUUAGACGCCCUGGGAUGUUUUAGAAAUAUCGGCAUUUACAUCGAUACCAGUCAAGGACCCGACGCCACGCCUGAUGGUGUUGAAGUUACUUUUAAAGUACGUGAAAUGAGACGUUUAGUUGGUGGUAUCAGCACAAUGGUUGGGAACAACGAGGGAUCCCUAAUUAUCGGCGCGAGAGCACCGAAUCUGUUCGGCAGAGCAGAACGUGUCCAAAUGGAAUACUCUUACGGUAACAAAAGUUCGAUCAACUUCAAUGUAUCCGCCAUUAAGCCGUUUCCACAAAGCUUAUACAACGCAGUAUUAACCGGCACUGUAUUCAGCACAACGCAUGAUUUCCCAUGGUCUGGUUUUAAGCAAAAUGAUAAGGGACUGCUGUUUGACAUGGAACUUAAUCAGACAGACGCCUCUAAGCACAACAUACAAUACGAAGCUGCAUUUAGGAAUAUUAGUUGCUCGAAACAGGCGGCCUUUCGUGUUCGGGAGCAAUGCGGCCCUAAUUUGAAAUCUGCACUGAGGUACAUCUGGACGAUAGAUAAAAGGGACUGUCCUAUAUUCCCCGUUAGUGGGAGCCUCAUGCGAUUAACGACAGAAAUGGCUGGUCUGGGUGGCGAUAUCGGUUUCUUGAGGAACGAACUCGCUAUACAGACUAAUUGGUCACCACACGAGUACCUUACAUUCCAACUGGGUCUUCAAUCUGGGUUGUUGAGUGCAAUCAGUAACGACAUGAAGAUAAGUAUCGCCGAUCAUUUCUUCCUGGGAGGUCCACUGAAUCUACGUGGAUUCGACAUGAGAGGAUGCGGGCCCCGCUGCGAAGGAAAUUCUGUGGGUGGCGAGAUGUAUUGGGCAGCCGCCUUUCAUGUCUACACGCCGCUCCCAUUCAGACCCGGCCGUAACAGUUUCGGAGAUUUAUUUAGGCUGCACGGUUUUAUCAACGGAGGCAACUUAUCCAAUUUCACAUACGAUAAUCUGUACAAUGAAAACAUGAAGAUUUUCACGGAGAAUGUUCGCUGCGCUAUCGGCGGAGGCAUCGCGAUGAAGCUGGGAAACAUUGCCCGCAUAGAAUUGAACCUAGUUACACCAUUGUUGUUCAUGAGGAGCGACGUGCUCCAACAAUUUCAAUUUGGUAUUGGUGUUCAAUACCUUUGAACUUUUUUCUAUCAUUCGAUAGUCUUGUAUUAUUACAUUGUGAAUGUAAAAAAUAGAAGGAUUAUGUGUAAAUUUAUUUCUGUUUCUUGUCCGACACACGACAGAAAGUCAGAGUGUACAAUAUUUGCAAUAAAAUCGCAAAAAAAGAGAAGGCGAACACUAUCUUUGCGAACGCGAACCUGCUUAUCUAUAUUGUUAAUUAAUUAUUCGCAUGAUUGUCAACAUUAAUCGAUGUAAUUAUUAGCACAUACUCACGAAAGAAAAAAAAACAGUGAUUUGUUUUCCUAAUAAUAUCCUUCAACAAUACAAACAUCGUCUUUUGUUCUUUUUCUUAUACUAAUAAAGUCAUUUGAUGUGCAAAAUGCUGUCAUGCUGUCAUAUACUUAGAGAAAGAAUUACAUGAUCGCUACCCGGAAAAUUUCACUGUAGCAUUUCUAUGAUAGAGUAACUACUAUACGCAGUGUGUGUGUGUGUGUGUGUUGAAAUUGUAUCUCGACUUUUUACUGUAAUGCUUGGACUAUCAAAAUCCUGCCGAUUUCCGUUCACGUGUUUUCUGACGCAAUUAUUUCACACGUUUCAGCGACUUGCACGACGUGAUUUGCACACGUUCGGUAAUAUCGUUAGUCGAAAUAACAAAUUGACAGUAAUGAUCAUGCAUGUGUGUAAGAGAUAUAUAGCAAUAAGAGGUGACGGUGAUAGAGAAGGAGAAGGGGCUGGAAAGUUACUCAUGACCCUGAGUAACCCGACUAUGAAGGAAAAAAGCGACAACGAGAAAACGAAAUGUAUGCUAAAUCGCUUUUCGCUUCGAUGCGAGAUAUCUCAUAAUCAAGCAGCGAAUAUCGAAUGUACUUAUGUUUAUGUAAUAUCUGCAUAUAUUUAGAUAUUUAUUUGCUCAUUUAUGUACCCUGUUUAUCUUAUUGGUAUGCGUGACGCAAUUUCGACGAGAAUUUCGUCACGCGUUACACACGUGAAUCAGCUAAUUGUUUUUAAAUAAGAAAUGUCUCGAUGACACACCGAUUAUUCUUCGAAUUUUUUCAGCGUCAAAUCAGUGAAUCAGUUUUCCUGAUAAAUCUAUUAAUUGAUUUGCGAUGAUACUUUCGGUCGUCGCGCAGAAUCAAUUAUGCAUAAUAAUUUUUAUGAGUUUUAUACAUUUCGUUUUUUACGCUUUCGAAUCAGCGACUACUUGAAACAC